CAGCAGCAACCCCUUGCUUCAGGUUAAGGGAAGAGCAAGGUGAUUAUUGUGGAUCUGAAGGGGACUUGAUUUAGGACGUCUGAGAAAGAGGAAGGGUCCAGGAUUUGCCUUCGGGCUUGGAUUGCUGAAUCAAAAUAGCAGGCCCAGCCUGCCACGACGAUGACAGUCACUUAUUCCAGCAAAGUAGCAAAUGCCACUUUCUUUGGAUUUCACAGAUUACUCCUAAGGUGGAAAGGCAGCAUCUACAAAUUGCUGUACAGAGAAUUUAUUGUUUUUGCUACUCUUUACACAGCGAUAAGUGUAUUAUACAGAUUUUUUCUUACAGGUAGCCAAAAACGUUUCUUUGAAAAACUAUCAAUUUAUUGUGACAGAUAUGCUGAACAAAUCCCAGUAACUUUUGUGCUUGGUUUCUAUGUUACUUUGGUGGUGAAUCGCUGGUGGAACCAGUUUGUGAAUUUGCCGUGGCCAGACCGUCUGAUGUUGCUCAUCUCCAGCUGUGUGCAGGGCAGAGAUGAGUACGGGCGCUUGCUGAGGAGGACUCUCAUGCGUUAUGUGAAUUUAACAUCUCUGCUCAUCUUUCGCUCUGUCAGCACAGCUGUGUACAAAAGGUUCCCCACCAUGGACCAUGUGGUAGGAGCAGGUUUUAUGACAAAAUAUGAAAGAAAACUUUUUGAUGACCUUAAGUCUCCCCACCUGAAAUACUGGGUUCCAUUUGUCUGGUUCGGAAAUUUGGCAUCAAAGGCACGAAAAGAGGGAAGAAUUCGAGAUAGUGUGGAUCUGCAGACAUUGAUGAAUGAGAUGAAUAAGUACCGGUCUUGGUGUAGCCUUUUGUUUGGUUAUGACUGGGUUGGAAUUCCACUGGUCUAUACCCAGGUUGUUACUCUUGCAGUCUAUACUUUUUUCUUUGCCUGCCUGAUAGGGCGUCAAUUUUUGGAUACUGACCAAGGGUAUCAGGGACACGACUUAGAUAUUUACAUUCCAAUCUUCACACUGCUGCAGUUCUUCUUCUACGCAGGAUGGCUCAAGGUCGCUGAACAGCUCAUUAAUCCGUUUGGAGAAGAUGAUGAUGAUUUUGAAACCAACUGGUGCAUCGACAGAAAUUUACAGGUUUCACUUCUGGCAGUGGAUGAGAUGCACAUGAACUUGCCAAGGAUGGAGAAAGAUAUUUACUGGAAUGAUACCUCUGCCCGGCCACCUUACACAAAAGCAGCUGCUGAUUACUGUAUUCCUUCAUUUCUUGGAUCGACUAUUGAAAUGGGGCUGGCUGAUACUGAAUUCCUCUAUGGGGAAGAGUGGCCUUGGGAAGAGGAGAAACACCAGAGACAGCAUUCGGUUUUGAGAAGAGUCAAGAGGUUUCUCAGUGUCCAUGAGGGCCCUUCAUACCCAACUCACCAGCGCUACAGUCGGCAGACGAGUGAGAAUUCCGUGUUUUUCCCAGCAGAUGAAAAGGGGCACAUCAGACGGCUGCAGGAAAUGCACACAAGAGGGAGGCACUCUACCUCAAGCUUCAAGAAGAAAUAUGAAGGAGUUAGCAGAAGUAACAAACUUCAUAGUAGCCGAGAGCUAGGACCCAUAACAGAAACAUCAAGGAACGAGGCACAGUUUGAUGACAGUGACACCUCAUCUGAGACAACCAAGCCAGUUCCUGAGGUCAUCGUUUCUGAAGCCCAGGAGAUUGAACCUGAUGUGCCAACAGAGCGCUCCUCAAGCGUGCCAGAAGAGAAGCUCCAAAGGAUCUUAGCUGAGGCAAACGUGGCUCUUCUGAACCAACCCUUUUUCCCCCCAGAAAUGACUCCAUACUUCUCAAGUUCAGAGGUGCAUCAGUCACUUCCUAGUGUGAUAGGAGAGCCCAAACAUGAGCCCCAGGUUAGUAACAUAGCUGGUCUCAUAACAGAUCAGGAGAGAAACCUUCAGCGAUGGAGUUUACCAAGCUUCCAUAGUCCUAGUACAGCAUCAAAUGCUGAUGCUGCAUCACCUUCAACAGAUUCUGGGACAACUUCACAGCAAAGGACAUUCAGUGAUGGGAAAAACGUUACUUCUGCUUCUGCUCCACAAACAUUGGAGAUGCAGGACUUAUGGGAAAACCUAGGCAGUAAAGAAACAGCCAUAGUAGACUUUUCUAAUGAGGAGAGUGGAAGAAAACUCUGACCAUUCUUCCUCUGGGUUUGACUGAACUUCUUGUCUUCUCUUGAACAUGGUUCUCACACAAAUUUGCUGAAAGUGCUGAAGGGCAGACUCAAUACUCAGACAAGUCAUGAACAAGAUCCAGCAGAGGAUUUGGGCACCUAAAUAGGUGUCAUUGUGGUGACAUACUUUAAGAUACUUGGUCACUGACUUGAAAUCUGUGACCCUGUGGGAAAUACAUUUACAGGGAGAACUGGGAGCCUCAGGAUGUAUAUGGCAGUGAACUGUGUAGACAUUACUAGAGGAAACACUAAGGUUAUCAGAAGAGUGGGUUGGAUAUACACUGAACUCUGCUGCCUUUGUCUGCUCCAACAGCUUAAGGUGCAUGACAUCCCUGUAAGAUCUACCAACAGUUUUGGUUUCUACUCAAGUGGCUCAAAGGCAAGAUGUGGGCUUAAUUCCUUUCUCAGUUUGGAGAGAUUCAGCCCACCAUCUCUCACUGCCUGGAGGAACACGUGAAAAAUCAGGCCCCUCAUUUGUGUAGGACAGUAUUCUGCCCCACUCCUGACGAAGCUAUGCCACUAAAGAGUAGAAAAAAUAAAAGGAUUAAAUGUUUCAUUUAAUUUUAAGAAAUGGAAGGUGCAAAACAGCUGAUGAGCUGAGCAUGGGAUGUUUUGGAGCACAUAUGUGGCAUACCCGGUGACAGUUUACUGUAAAAUGAGGCUCCCAGGUGGCCUCCCUAGUGAUGACAGGGCUGCAGCACACUCUCAAGAGGUGAUGGAGCUGCAGGUGCAACUAAGCUUAGGGCUCCACUCUUGUGGAGGUCUUCAGCUGGAAGUGCACAGACUGUAGUCAUCCCAGGUAGACAACAAAGUGGCCCAUGACUCCUACCAAAACUGUCCUCUACUUCCUAAACCUCUCCCCCAUUCCAGGAAAGCAGCCACAGCUACUUGGAUUUAGCUCUCACCCACCUUUAUAAAAGUGCAGUCUGGAGAGUGUUGCCCACAUUCUCCCAUCAGUGAGUAUCCAAGUAGAGGACAGACAAGGUAGCUCAGGGACUGAAAGAACAGACAGAGGGGGGGACUGAAAGUUCUGAGUCUGCAACAACCAGCAAAAGCAGCAUGGACUGCAUGGACACCAAGUCCACCCUUGCUCAGAAGGCUGCAUUUCAGAAAACAAACCAGCCUCUCUACCAUGGUAACUGGUAACACCAGUGGCCCCUGGGAGACUUCAGGACUCCCUGAACCUGGGAAGGGAAUGAACAGACCUGCCUGAUCCUGCUCCUACAGCCAAUAAUUUAGGUGAGGAUCCCUUCCAGCCAGUAUCACGUCCAGCAGGACUCGAUCUCAUCUGGGUAGGCUUUGAACAAAAAUCAACUCCCCUCCCCACUUGUACUUCUUUCAGCUUUAUUUCGUCUGGAAAUUGGCUCCUGCUGCUGUUAUCAGGCAGGGUCUGAGCAGAGCCACACCCUCAAAUCCUCCAAAGACACUAAACAACAACACAUGUAUCCCAUCAGUUUAGGAAGAAGAGGACACUUGGCCCAAGGAAGCACUGUUUAAAUUCAUAUUAUGUGAAUUCGAGUUAUGCAGGGAAGCCAAGCACAGAUUUUCCA